AAGGCACUAACGCUAGUGGGUCUCGCGCGCCUCUCCUCUUUUCCGCCCGGCAGCCAAUAGUAGGGCCGCUUCGUUCUCCUCUCCGCCAAUCGGGGUGCAGUUUAUUGCUGGCUGGGAGAAGCGGUCGGUGUGCGCGCCCGCCCGCUGUGGAGCUGGGUCCCUGGUGCGCGGUAGGCGAGUCCUUCUUCUCCUCCCUCCCCCGCCCCUUCUCCCCGCGCUUUGUCGGUGCCUCUCCUGGGAGGGUGGCGGCGGCCGGCGGCGAUGCCUGAGUUCCUGGCGGAUCCGUCGGUGCUGACCAAGGAGAAGCUGAAGAGCGAGCUGAUCGCUAACAAUGUGAGCCUGCCGGGCGGCGAGCAGCGCAAGGACGUGUAUGUGCAGCUCUACCUGCAGCACCUCACCGCCCGCAACCCCCCCGCCGCCGCCGCGCAGCCCGACUUCUCCAGCGACGAGGAGCGGGAGCACACGCCUCUCGGCGCCAGGAACCGCGGCGCUGCCGUCGGGCGGAAGGCCACGAAGAAGACUGACAAACCAAGGCCAGAGGAGAAGGAUGACCUAGAUAUAACAGAGAUGAGUAAUGAAGAUCUUCAAGAGCAACUUGUGAAGUAUGGACUAAAUCCUGGCCCAAUUGUAGCUACUACUAGGAAACUUUAUGAGAAAAAACUGUUGAAACUGAUGGAGCAAGGUCCAGAACUGAAUGCACCUGUGCCUCUCCCAGCAAUUUCUUCAACUGCUGAGAACAACACACAGAAUGGAAAUAAUGAUUCUGACCAGUACAGUGACAAUGAAGAAGUUACAGAUAUGAAGACUGAGCUGAGGCUUGAGAAGAGAGAACCAUUGAAAGCCAGGACGAAGACACCAGUUGCACUCAAACAAAGAAGAGUUGUUGAACAAAACCAGACCUAUUCUCAAGAUGAAGUUACUGAGACUGUCUGGAGAAGUGGAUCUUCAAAAAGUGGACCUCUGCAGGCAUUUUCUAGGGAGUCGACAAGAGUGUCAAGAAGAACACCAAGGAAAAGGGUGGAAGCUACAGCACAGUUGCCUGUAGAUGAUGCUGUAAUAACAGAGAGUACUCCCAUAGCUGAAACUAUAUUGACUGCAAGCAACGAGACCCUAGUUGUCAAUAGGGUGCCUGGAAAUUUCAAGCAUGCAGCUCCUACACUGUCAAUCAGUGAACUCUCAGACAUGCCUGGAAGAACACCAAAGAAACCACUGAUGACAGCUGAACAAGAAGAGACAGUUUACCCACAUCAAUGCUUUUUUAAUCAUGUUGGCCACAAACAAUCCUGUGAUCUGCUCAACACAGCCAUGAUAGAGGUGAUGGCUAAGUUUGGUUUUUUUUAUCAUCUAUGUCAGUGGCUGGCAGGUACAUUAUAUUUAUACAGUGUAUUCUUUAUCUUAAAGGAAACUGAGGAGAGCACCAAAUGCUUUAAGACACCAAAACUGACCAGACAGCUGCCACUAACAAAGGUGCUGGAGAGAAAUCCUACAGAAGAACGAAGAGGAGAAAGGGAUAUUCUUAAGGAAAUGUUCCCUCAUGAAGUAUCAACACCUACAGGAAUUAGUGCUAGCUGCCGUAGACCAAUCAAAGGAGCUGCUAGCCGGCCUAUAGAGCACAGUGACUUCAGAAUGGAGGAAAGUUUCUCUAAGUAUGUUCCAAAAUAUGGCAUCUCAACUGACAGCAAGUCAGAGAAACAACCAACAAAAAAGGAACGCUCCAUUCCCCUGUGGAUAAAAAUUCUUCUCUUUGUCAUUGUUUCAGUCUUCUUGUUUUUGGUUUAUCAGUCUAUGGAAACUAAUCAAGGAAACCCUUUCUCUAAAUAUAUGCGUAUGAGCUCUCCGGGCAGUGCCAAAUGAGUAUCUUUCAGAAAAAGGCACACCCAGUUUGAUCUCCUGUUUUUUAACUAUUGAACUCUUCUGCCCUCUCAUCGGCUCAAGGACUUCUCACAAAUAAUGUGAUUGGAACCUGAUAAAUUGGAUAAAUGACGCAAGAUAAUAUUAAAUGGACAUUAACUUUCUGGACUUUGGACUAGUAGGAGAUCACUUUGCCAUAGGAGUAACAUUUUUUUUUAGAUCUUUGAACUUUUUGUAGGCUUUAUUUUUUUAAUGUGGACAUCCUUUAAAUUCAUUUUUGAGAAACUGUAUAUUUGUUUUUGCAAAAACUUGGAAGCUGAGAAGGGCAAAAAUGUAGUAAAAUGUGAAGCUGUGUUUUUAAAGCUUUUGCUUUGUACAGAAAAGAAGUUGUACUUCUGUCUCUAUAGCUUGUUGUGUAGGAGGAUUUUAACACAGGUGAUAGAGGGAAAUGCAUUUUUGUAUGCAUUUUUUCAGUAACAAUGUAACAGCUUUUUUAGUGUGUAGGGAGAGUACAAGGACAACCUUUUCUGUAGAUUACUGUAACUUUUUAGUAAAUGUAACUGUAAACCUGUUUGCAUUUCUGUAAAAGUCUUAGUAUGAUAUUAGUAACUCCAUUUAAGCGUAACAUCAUUUUAAUGUAUCUCUUCAUUUUAGUGCUUAGUGUUGUAGAAGCUGAAUACAAAUCUAAUUGGCAAGAGAUGUCUUAGAGGAACUUAUUUAUUAGUAAUAUGUGUGGAAAAUAAAAAUUGCAUCAAUAUAAUUUGCUACUAAAAUACUUUUUUGGGUCAAGGUUGUUAUCUGAAGUAGUCUAAAUUCUGACUUCAGCAGUGGUCUUUUUUUUCUAAAAAAAAAGCAAGGUCUUUCCAACACAGCUUUAUGUGAUUAUCUUUGAAUAUUCAUGUAGAGAAGUAUUGUCAAAGUGUGAAAAUUCCAUAUGAAGUUUUAUUCUUGUAUGAAGAGGGCAUUGCUGCAUUUUCUGCUACAGUUUCAUCUUCUAAGGUGAGAUUUACUACUUCCAUGCAGUUGAAUAUUUUUCUCAGUGGAAGCAUGCUGAAACACUAUUUUGUAACUUAGUUGAGCAGGCAGCUGACUUCACUACUACCAAUGAAGAGUGAUAAGCAACAAUUUUUUAAAGUGAAUGUAUACAUUUUGGCGUGCUUAAAUCUGCAGUAUACAGAUGUUCAGUCUUAUUGCUUAGUACAAAAUUGCAAUAAAUCAUACUACAUAUUCUUAAAGUGCUACUUACAAAAAGCUGAGAACAUUAGUUAGUAGUCAGUAUCUUUUUACUCUAGGUACAAUUAUUGUGUAGACUAGCUAUGGGGAAUCUUUACUUUCUGUGAACUUUGGGACAAACAUGGUAAUUUGUAGCAAAGCAAUAGGGGUUUUUUCUGUUAAGGUUAAUGUUUUUUUUCCUUUUAAUCUGCUUCUUUGAGUAAUCCAGAUAGCUAAACUUGUGUCCAUUCUAUAGAAAAUUGUAACAUUCACUUUUGGUGUCAAAAUGCAGAAAAAUAAAAAUGAUUUUAAUGUGUGUGGAUUUUCCUUAUCAAAAUAAAUGGGUUGCUGAAAAGCAGCAAAAGCAAGACAA